CUGGAGACCUGUUCAGCGCGUUCCAAGAUGUCAAGCUCCAAGCGUUACGGCAAUGACAGAGAUCGACGACCCUACAGGUUGUCCGUGAAGUGCUUCAACUACGAUGAGUCGGGUCACUAUGCUAACCAAUGUCCUCAUCGGGAGCGACGCUACAACUCAAGCCGACCUUCCACCUCGUCGGACUCUAGAAGAGCUCGUUCACCGCGGAGGUUCGAAACUCGCAAGAGUUACACCGCCUCGAAGGAGGAAACUGUGCUACGGGAGAGGGUGGCGGAGCUGACCAAGGGGGUGGCAACCAUCAAAGAGCACUUUGAAGCAGUACAAGCGAAGAAAGAGGAAAAAAACAGACGUAAGCUUGAGAAAGCACGAGCCAUAGAAAAAGAGAGAUUGAAGCAGGAAGAAGAGGACACACAUUUGGCUCAAGAAGCAGCGCGAUGUGAAGCCAAGAAACAGAAGAAGGAGGCGAAAGCGAAGCAGGAAGCCGUCCUGAAGGCGAAAAUGAAGAAGGAGGUGACGAUGCAUGCAGCCUUACCAAUGAGUGAAAUUAAGGACGAUUGGAUUCAACAAUGGAAGACAUAUUUUAUUCCGACUCUUGCAGGAGACAGAUGCGACAUUAAAGGGAAGAAGCAAGUCGUACACGAACCGGAGUAUAGGAGUGAGUCGGAGUAUAGUAGUGAGGGGAGUGAGACCAGCGUCACACAGGAACUGAGCGAGAAGACCGAACGCCUGUGCAUCACGGAAAAGAGGAAGAGAGCUGACGAUGUUCCGAUUGGCGACAGUCCACCUAUGGAAGCACCUCCUAAACGCACCCCGAUGCGUGGAUGUAUCCACAUUGGGGAACGCAGCCACCGGGUGACCAGAGCAAGGACUAAGGGUACUCGUACUCCGAUCCGGGCGAAGAAGCAGUCGCCCAUCAAGACUUCGUUAUCGAAGUUGACGAAGAACCGUAAGUUGUCUCCCCCCAGCGGGAAGCCGACUUCCGCCAGCAAGUCGUUCUCGCGCCUACGCUUUCGUGACACCAUUAUGAAGGAGUUGAAGGAUCGCAAUGCUAAAGAGUUGCAGCGCUACUGCAAGGAUGAAAGUACUCCUUUUGUAGGCAAGAUCGAUGCAAUCUUUGAUCUUGCCGAGCACCGUGCGCAACUGCGUUUUCCAUGUAUCGUCCCAGCUUCGGAUGUUAUCCAGAUCAGUGAAUCGAAGGAUGUUGAAGCAAAUGCUUCAAACGAGAACCAAGAGUGAUGUGGUAUUCCGGACAACCGCUGGCUGCAUAUUUGUAGAUACAUCACCAGUAAACGUUGUUCUCAGGAAUCUUCCCCGACGGGUGAGAUCCGACGGUGGUACGGAUGGACCCCGAAGUGGAAGAAGUUGUCUCAUAUGUUCGGGGAAAGUAAAGUGAAACACGAUUC